GCCCCCCCCCUUCUCUCUGUGUGUCUCUUUCUCUUUCCUUUGGAUGGAACUCCGGAGGGCUCCCUUCUGCGCUGGAUCCGAACCCAGGACCCUUGCGUAGCCAUUGCCACCAAUACUCCGAGCAUCGCAAGUCCUCAUGUCCCAAUGAAUGACUUUUCACAAGAAUGGACUACAUCGGAGAUGCCUCCUUGGUCCCAUGCGGCCAAGACAAAUACAUCUCCAAAACUGAACUGCUGUUACACUUGAAGACAUACAACCUGUACUAUGAAGGCCAAAACUUGCAGCUGCGACAUCGAGAGGAAGAAGGGGAGUUCAUUGUGGAAGGCUUGCUCAACAUCUCCUGGGGUUUACGCCGGCCGAUCCGACUGCAGAUGCAGGAUGACAACCAGCGCAUCCGCCCCCCGCCUUCCUCUUCCUCCUGGCAUUCGGGCUGCAACCUGGGAGCGCAUGGGUCAGUCCUAAAGCCCACAACCUUACCAGACAUUCAGGUCACAGAUGCCGAACCCUCCUCGGAUGGUGAUGGAACCGAUGGUGGAACCGAUGACCAAGACCUCAAAGCCCAGCAAGAAGAUGCUCCUCAGCUGAUGCGCACAAGGAGUGACGUCGGAGUGCGUCGCAGAGGAAACCUCCGUACCCCCAGCGAACAGCGGCGAAUCAAGCGCCACCGCUUCUCCAUCAAUGGCCAUUUCUACAACCACAAAACAUCGGUUUUCACGCCGGCUUAUGGCUCCAUCACCAACGUCCGGAUCAACAGCACCAUGACCACCCCCCAAGUGCUGAAGCUCUUGCUCAACAAGUUCAAGAUUGAAAACUCAGCAGAAGAAUUUGCGUUGUACAUUGUUCACACCAGCGGAGAAAAACAGAAACUGAAGGCCACCGAUUACCCGUUGAUCGCGCGGAUUCUGCAGGGACCGUGCGAACAGGUUUGCAAGGUUUUCCUGAUGGAGAAGGACCAGGUGGAGGAAAUCACGUAUGAUGUCGCACAAUAUAUCAAAUUUGAAAUGCCAGUCCUGAAAAGCUUCAUCCAGAAACUCAAAGAAGAAGAAGACCGCGAAGUGAAGAAAUUACGGCGCAAGUAUUCGCGCCUUCGCGCCAUGAUUGAGCAGCGGCUGGGCGAGAUCUGCAAAGGCCCAGCCGCCAUCUAAAGCGCUUGCUUUCCAGAAAGGGACGGAGCCUGGAGAAGAGAGAUACUCCUUGUUGAAUCUCUGUUUACACGAAGAAUGCAAAGCUUGUUCUUCCUCCUUGGAACUAAACUUGAACCCAGAACCGGCCUGGAGCCCACUGCCUUCCUUUCCUCCCUGGUUACUGAAGGUGAACUCAAUGCAACUCCUGCCUAUAGGAGAAGUAUACCUCUAAGCCUCAGACAGACGUCCGUCUUGGGUCCUCCUGGCUGGCUGCUCUAAAAGAUACACUUUUAGAUUAAUCCAUCAAUUUUUACAUUCUUACUGCUUUAUUAAAAUAGGUGACUGUGGGCAAGUCACACUCUCUCAGCCUCAGGGGAAGGCAAUGGCAAACCUCCUCCGAACACAUCUUUCCACAAAAACCCCAUGAUAGGUUUGCCUUAGACUUGGAGUCAGAAAUGGCUUGAAGCAGCCAGAGUUGUCUUGAAUUAUGACUUUAUUCUUUGGGCGGUAGCACACAAGAGGAGUUGUUUGCAACAAAGAUGGUCUUUCGAACCCGCUGCCUGACUUAGCAAUAACAAAUGUGGAUCUAGGAGGGAAGUAUUAAGCUCCUGACCUGUCUUGCUGGCAUAGCUUUGCCCUGGCACUCUCUGCCCACCUAACCAACCUUUUCCCCUACCCAUUCCAGCAGCUGCAUCCAGUUGCUUUUUCGGGAGGUCUAGUGCAUCCCUCGACUUGGGCUUAGCCCUCUUGUCUACCUCUUCUUGCCGCUUUGACCCUUCCUUCCUCUUCCUCUUGUUUUUCCAAGCGACGCUGACUCAUGACAUUUUGCUGCCUGAGGCUUAUGCUCACCAUUGCAUUAUAUCCAAAGCCAAUCAACUUACAGUCAGCCCUCUGUAUCCACAAAUUCCUUAUCCACGAAUUCAAGCAUCCACAUCUUGAAAAUAUAUAUAUAUAUUUAAAUUCUGAGCACAUUUAUGGACUGGGGCCUCAUUCCCACUUACAGAUAAAUCGGUUUCUAAAUCCAAAUUGAUUUGAAAUCGGAGCAUGGUUCCCACUACAUUUGCCCCAGUUGCAAUAUCUGGCAUGGAAUCAAAUCAAAAUAACCCACUUAUGGUUCCCAUUCACAAUUAAUUGAUUCAAAAUGAUUCGGUUCCAGCCAGCCGAAGGGGAAAUUUGAAUCGAUUCCAAUGUGGUUCUGGUUCCUACUUGCGCAAAUGCGAUUUAUCGAAAGAGAAGUGGAAAAACCCAGCGUCAAAAAGAUGUGGGUUAAAUGGGUCUAGAGCAUGUCCUUACUUUUGGAAUCGCUUCAGUGAUUCAGAUUAAGUGGGAACACAGCUUUGAACCGAAUCACGAACCUGUUUCAAAGGUAGUGGGAAUGAGGCUUGGGAAGCAUCCCACCAACAAAAGUGGGUUUUGGUUCCUGCUGCACAAUUGCGACAUAGUUUUACCUUUCUCUUCUAGCUAAACCCCUUCUUUGGAUGUCUUCACAUCUAAAUUGCACUAGAUUAAUUAUAGCUAUAUUUUGCGUGUUGUUGGGUCUUUUUAAAAAGUGAAUCCGAUCUCCGACUUUUUCCCUCUCCUGUUUCGUAUUGCUCUGUAUGCCAAAAAUCACAUGUCCAGGAAAGCAACAGCAAUAAUUUAUACAAGUGGUGUUAUUGUGUGGAUGUUUUUUGGAAAGGUGUGAAAAGCAGAGCCCCGCUGUGUGUCUUUCGAGGGAAGCGUUUGUGGGCCAAAUAGCACAAACUGACUUGCAAUGGCGACUCUUGUCUCUACAGUUUUGGUUGCAUUCCUCCUCGAGUUUGUAGCUCUUCUUCACAAUUUCCUUCUACAUGUCUUUAUUUAAUACAAUUCUGUAACAGCUCAGUAUAUAAUAUGAAGCACAUGCAACUAGAUUAUUUUGUUUUAAUUAAAAGCACUUUGUGGAUAGAAAUGCAA